UCCAAGAGACUUUUGACGCCUUAAACCAACUUAAUUCAAGGAAAUCACCAGGACUGGACGGCAUAAGUGUAAAACUAUUAAAAGAUACAAGCGAUGUUACCGCGCAACCAUUACCCAACAUCUUUAAUCUAUCUCUUCAGACUGCAAUUUUUCCGGACGAGUGGAAAAUCGCCAAGGUAUCACCAGUCUUUAAAGAAGGGAAUAAAACUGAUUGCGGAAAUUAUAGACCAAUCUCUGUAAUUUCUGUGGUUGCUAAGCUGUUUGAAGGGCUAGUGUACAAUCAAUUGAGAACGUUUAUUGCUGACAAUAGGAUUCUUGUAGAGCAACAGUCCGGUUUUCGUUCACAGCACUCUACUGAGACGGCACUCUUAGGUUCGACAAAUGAGUGGUUAUAUAACAUGGACAGUGGCUUAAUCAAUGGAGUCCUGUUCUUGGACUUGAAAAAAGCUUUUGACACUGUCGACCAUGAAAUCUUAUUAAAGAAACUUCACCUAUACGGCAUAAAAGGAACUACUUACGCAUGGUUUGAAUCUUACAUCCAAAAUAGGAAAUCGAUUUGUUUAAUGAAAGGGAAAAAAUCACAUGCUAGAGAAAUUAGGUGUGGGGUACCACAAGGUUCUAACCUUGGCCCCAUCCUAUUCCUCUUGUAUAUUAACGAUCUACCUAAGUGCCUAGAAACAACCAAGGCUAACUUGUUUGCUGAUGACACAAAUCUUUCGUGUGCCGGCUUAGAUGCCAAUGAAAUCGAGACUAAACUUAAAAGAGAUCUUGAGAAUGUUCAUAGUUGGCUUAGAUGUAACAAGCUCACGCUAAACGAUAGCAAAACGGAAUUUAUGAUAAUUGGCUCUAGACAUCAUCUUACUAAAUUUGAAGACAACCCAGAGAUUUCAUUAGCCAUACGAGAUAAUAAUACUAAACGGGUCACCAACAAAAAAUCUCUUGGUUUUAUCAUCGACGAUCAAUUAAA